AAUAUCUUGAACAAGAUAAAUAUAUUGAUUUGGAAGAAUUUUUAGAUUAUGAUGUUAUGGAAAGAUUAUCUUAUCUAAAUGAAAUUAACAGAAAUAAUGAAUCUUUAGAAAUUUUGGAUAAUGAUAUGGUAAUAAUUCAGAAUGAUGAUGAUAUUCAACAAUUCAUGAUGACGAAUAUCCUUUAA